AUGGCAGAAAAUAAAACGUUCAACCAUUUGUUUGUUUUUGCACUAAUCCUGAUUAGCACGUCAGCGUUGUUUGCACUGGCCGACGAUGUCAACGGAGCUGUCACUUUAAAUUCUGGAACAUUCGACAAGAUUCUGGGGAAGUUUAAGACAGUUCUAGUAAAAUUUGACACUGCCUAUCCAUAUGGCCACAAACAGGAUCAGUACAAGAAGGUGGCAGAAAGUUCCAUUGGACAGCCUGACCUGCUCGUAGCCGAAGUUAAUAUUAAAGAUUAUGGUGAGAAGGACAAUGAUGAUUUGAAACAGAGGUACAACAUCAACAAGGAUGACUUCCCUGAAUAUCGACUCUUCUUAAAAAACGCUAAGGAUCCGAUUCCAUUCAAGGGAGAUGAAGAGAAAGCUGAGGAAAUUCUUGACUUUCUUGUCAAAGAGUCGGGUCUUUGGUUAGGAGGGCCAGGUUCAAUAAAAGAGUUUGAGGAUCUUGUAGUGAGGUUCUUUAAAGAACCUCAAGAAAGUAGAGCUUCCAUCAUCAAAUUAGCUGAAGAAGAGUUAACAAAAGAGAAACACAAGAGUAACUUCGAGCAGGCUGAAAUGUAUGUCAAACUCAUGUCAAAGCUUGAUUCAGAUGUCAACUUUCUUAUGAAAGAAAUAAGUCGGGUGUCGAAGCUGUUGGCUGGAAAGUUGAGUGACAAGAAGAAGCACCAACUGAAGAUUAGGCAGAAUAUUUUGAACAUUAUAAAUGCCAAAUAUCGUGAGAGUCUCGAUAGUAAGAUUGUUAGAAACAAUGAUGAUGCCAACAGUAGCAGCAAUGAGCUGUAG